AUGGAGAAGAAGUGUAUGAGUAUGUUCUUUGUAAUGAUGGUGAUGACAUUGGCGAUGAUGCCACUAACGGCAGUGGGUGAACCAUAUGCCGCUUGUGUAAACAGAUGCGAGAGUUCGUGCCAAAUAUUCUUUAGAGAAGUCGAGAAAUGCAUUCACGAUUGUAUUGGUAUCAAAUGCCACAAAUCACACGUACCCCCAAGGAUGGCGGAUACAGGGGUGUUUCAAGAAAUCCAUACAUAG